AUGGCAGCUCUGCAAGUUGUAGGCAAGUACUAUGCACUCACUGAUGACAAUGAAGUGUGUCGCAUUGCAAUUAUAAUGUGCCCAGAAAAAAAAUGGCACUUGAUUUUUUGUCUGCUCCAGCUUCCUUGGUUGACGCUGAGCAGGCUUUUUCAGGUGGCCGUCUUCAGGUCAACCACCUCCAGCAUGGUGUUAGUUCGCAACCUUCAAAGCUCAGAUGGCUGUGGGAUCAUGGUACAACACACCUCUCAUGAACGAUCUCGGUGCUGUCACAUCAAUCAUGCGAACGAAGAUGGUAAAGGGCAAAGGCCACCUCAGGCAGCAGUUCUCAGCGGUAAUAAGGGGUCUUUCAGACCCAGUUUCUUUGUUAUGGGAAACUGGGCUGAGAGACCUUUCAUCUUGCAGUCGCUUCCAUGGCUCCAAGUCACUGCUGUGAUUGUGUCGCUGCGGUUCAGUGCACCGCAACCAGAUUUUCCAACCUUUACCAUAUGCUCGGUUGGUAGUGGAGUACCAAAUCUCCCCGACCUUGGUCAAACUCGGUAUGAAUUUGUCUCUAGUAUUCCUCCCAGUGGACCUGCUUGCAGCCAGGGCACAGAUCCAUUCACACCAUACACCAGCAGUUACCUCGACCACCCGCCACCUCCACUUGUUUCUCCUGCCCUUACCCACACCAUCGCACAACAGACGACUAUAGGUUCACCUGCAUUCACCAUCAAGUAUGUUCACCAUUUGGGUGACCUACUAGGCAUGAUGCCUGGCAUUACUGCUGUAAAAGUUUUUGCGAUUUUCAUGCUCACGGACAACACUAUGACUGGUUCGCAGCCGAAGCUUGCUAGUCUAUGGAAGUAA